AGUAAUAGCUUCAUGUCAUUGAUGUACCCAUCGGAAUGCAUUCAUUGAUUAAUCAGGGGUUCUUUUUGCGGCACCCUAUAUUACACACUUUCCAUCAUGCCAUCUUCAGAACCGUCGCAUUCGUAUCCUCCAGUGGAAGUAGAAGAAGAGGAACCUGCUACAAAAGCUAUGCCAGGUUAUCUAGGUGGUGCUUAUAAUGGCGUUUGCAAUGUGGUCAACGGUGCUUUAGAUAGAUAUCUUGGAACGGGUGAGCCAACGUCUUCAUCUAGCACAAGCGUUGUAGAACCGUCAAUCAAGGAGGGAGAAGUGCAAAAGAACGAAACAGUCGAACAAGAUUCAGUCACAAAAGACGAUUCGAAGAACGGCAAAGAUGCUGAGCCUGAGACAAUCGUAAAGGAAGAAGAAAGUGCCAAAGUUGAAGAAGCAAAAGUUCAAUCUACCGCCGAAAAAGCAGUUGAUGACGUGAAACAGAUGGCACAUCAAUCUUAUCAAUCAGCCGGAAAAACAUUUGAUGGCGUAAAGCAAAGAGCAUUUGAAGCCUACGAAAAGCUUACUUCAUCCAGCAAAAAACAAGUCAAUGAUGGCGUUCAAAAGAUCAAAGAUGCUGCUGGAGCUAGUCAAAAAGCCAUCAAAAGAGCUUCUUUGAGACCAGAGAAGAAAAAGAGCGAUGCUUGAUUUGUUUACCUGCUCGGAGCUAUUUUCCCUUCCCGUUUUGUACAUACCUUUCUCAACCGUACCAAUGCGAGCGAAUAAGUUUUGUCGACAU